ACAAUUCCAGCUAUCAGCAAGAGAAGAAGGCCUAAAAGAAAUUUGUUUUCCCUUUUGUAUUUUUUAAAUGUUACCCUAAUCAAAUAAUUACACAGUGAAUUUGUAUGCAGCAUUAUUGGAGUAUUUUAAAGGGCCCACACCAUAAUAGCCCCUCACACUGUAAUAGCCUCUGACCCCAUAGGUCAGAGGGGAGGCACUGAGGUUGGGAGGGGGGAGGUUAGGGCUUGGGGCUCUUAACUGCGUGCGUUCAACAGAAUGAUUUGGUUGGGGUGGAGCUCAGACACUGAUACUCAGACAUUGAUUUAACUUUUUAUUUGUAUAUAAUUUCUGAGUUAUAUAAAUGUAGAGUUUUUCCACAUCUUCACCAUUCUAUAUAUACAUACAUAUUUUUCUCCGAACUGUUUACAUUGCAGACAUGUUGCCCUUUUACUUCUAAACUUAUCAGUCAGUAUUUCCUAAAAACAAGGACAUUUUUUUACCCGAAUUUAUUUAUUAUGUAGCUGACUCACAACUUUACAUUCAAGAGGAAGUAAAUGAAACAUGUAGAAUAAAUAUAGAAAUAGAAAAAAACAUCCAGAAUCAAUUCUGUUGGAAUAGAAUCUUAGCAAUCAUUAAAGAGCAGUAUGUUCACCCUGGCCAGGUAGGCCAGUUGGUUAGAGCACCGUCCCUAUAUGCCAAGGUCGUGGGUUUGAUCUCUAGUCAGGGCACAUACAAUGGAUUGAUAUCUGUCUCUCCCUCCACCACUUUUCCUUCUUCUUUAUAAUCAAUAAAUUUUUUUAAAGAGCACAUUUUUUACAAAACGGUAAGUGUUGUGUUCAACCCGGUGUCCCAGGAAGGAUUUGGCCGUGGCAGAGCUGUUCACACGGACUGAAGGGCGGUCAGAAGAUAGUCCUUACCUGCAGCUGCUGCGAUUUCAUGUUUCUUGACCUGAUCCUAAGAAAGGUCAUUCUGAGGAUCAGCUUCACAGACUGCUCUUGGCCUUCAUUGUCGGCUGAUGAAGAAGACCUGCAUUUUGAAUUCAUCCUCCGGAAAGCCCUAGAUAAGAUUGCGGAAAUCAAGUCUCUGUUGGAAGAGAGGCGGAUCGCUGCCAAGAUUGCAGGCCUGUACAAUGACUCGGAACCUCCUCGGAAGACCAUGCGCAGGGGGGUGCUAAUGACUCUACUGCAGCAGUCAGCCAUGACCCUGCCGUUAUGGAUCGGGAAGCCUGGUGACAAGCCACCCCCACUCUGUGGGGCCAUUCCAGCCUCUGGGGACUACGUGGCCAAGCCUGGGGACAAGGUGGCUGCCCGGGUAAAGGCCGUGGAUGGGGAUGAGCAAUGGAUCCUGGCCGAGGUGGUCAGUUACAGCCACGCCACCAACAAAUAUGAGGUAGACGACAUUGAUGAGGAAGGCAAAGAGAGACACACCCUGAGCCGGCGGCGUAUCAUCCCACUGCCUCAGUGGAAGGCCAACCCCGAGACAGACCCCGAAGCCUUAUUCCAGAAGGAGCAGCUCGUGCUGGCCCUGUAUCCCCAGACCACCUGCUUCUACCGGGCCCUGAUCCACACCCCCCCACAACGGCCCCAGGAUGACUAUUCGGUCCUGUUCGAAGACACUUCCUAUGCAGAUGGUUAUUCCCCUCCCCUCAAUGUGGCCCAGAGGUAUGUGGUGGCUUGUAAGGAGCCCAAAAAGAAGUGAAGCAGGCUGGCAGGAUCAGAGUGCCCCGCCCUCCGCAAGGAGGAACGCAACAAAAGAUUGUGAUCAAAUAAAUAUUCUUCCCCUUUGCCUA